AUGUUGAUUUAUUACAGUGUGAGCCAUCUUGGUUAGUUGCAAUUUACUUAAUACUCGAAACAUUUCAUUUUGAUCCAAGAAACUAUAGCCAGUAAUCAGGAUGCAAAUGUACACAGCUCUUGACAAUUCGCAUUGGAUUCAAAUUUUUCUACGAAAACGUCUAGAGGUGCGUGGGUUCCAUACAGUUAUAGUGUUCCAGAUACUUUCAAAAAUGGCGAAUGUUUUUGUGAAUUGCAAAAAGUAGCACAAGCUGAGCAAAAGCAAACUUUUUUACUUACCAUGCCUACUGUGCAGGGGUAUUGUAAUCCCUAAAAAAUUCUAAAAUUAGAUAUUAUGUUUUUUGGAUAUACGACAUAUACAUCGCGAAAAACCACGUCACUCAUUUCAGUCGGUCUGUCUGUCCGCUAAUGAUAUCCUAUUACUACUGUAAUAUGGCACGGAUGAGAAAGCUUUUUUGUUUUUGAAAAUCGGUCCAGUGGCGGUGGAAAAAAGGUCUAAAAUGGAAAAAAUAAAAAUCGCUGAAAUCUUCGUUUUUCGACCUUACCGUCAUAGGCACCUCCCACCCCGCUCACGUAGCGCCGUUACAAUCGGCAGUUUGGUUUGGAAGUAAGAAGUGGCAACACGUUUUCGUACCUGGAAAGUGAGUUUAUUCAGUUUUCGACAUUUGAUCUCUGUUCUUUACUGUGGAUAGAUUCCAGCACGCCACUUAUAUACACCAAUGCCCUUCAACUAUAGAAAAAAACAAACAACUAGAAAGAGAAGCAAUUUAGAUCUGUCAGUAAUAAAAAAUGCUUUAGGUGACAUUGAUCAAGGAAAGUCUAUCCGAGGUGUUGCUUUGGAAUAUGGAAUUGACAGAAAUACCUUAAGAAAUUAUUUAAGAGACAGGUCUAAAUUGACUAAAAUAAGUGAACAAGGAAGCCAGUUUAAAACAUCUAUGAUAUUUACAAUCGAAGAAGAGAAGGCGCUUGUUGAAUAUCUUAUAGCUUGCAGCAAAAUGAAUUAUGGAUUAACCAGACAGGCGACUAUGCAGCUAGCAUAUGAAUAUGCAACAAUGAAUUCCAAAAAGGUUCCAGAUUGUUGGACUUCCAACAACUGCGCAGGAAAAGAUUGGUUCCGGGGAUUUAUGACAAGAAACCCUGAACUAAGUUUGAGAACCCCAGAAGCCACCAGUUUAUCCAGAUCAACCAGCUUCAAUAGAAAAAACGUUACUGAUUUCUUCGAGAACCUCAAAGAAGUUAGAGAAAAAUACCAAUUUGAAGCACAUAACAUCUAUAACUGUGAUGAAACAGGGUGUACGACUGUACAAGAGUGUCCCAAAGUAAUAGCGAGCAAGCAUAUGCGUCAAGUAGGACAAGUUACUUCAGCUGAACGCGGCAGCCUUGUGACCGUUUGCUUCGCUGUGAACGCUCUGGGAAAUGUUCUUCCUCCAUUUUUCAUUUUCCCUAGGGUUAGAUACAAC